CUGUCUAAGAGGGAUACUAUUAUCCUUUCCAUUUUACAGAUAAGAAAACUGAUACUUAAGGAGAUUGUCUUACCCAAGAUCACAAAGUUUGUGAGCAGUAGUGCCAUGAAUAGAACCUAGACUACAGAAACCUUUUAUCUUCUUCAUCCCACCAGCCCUACCAAGCCACCAUUAUUUCUCAAAAGAACCACAUCAAAAACUCUUUAAAUGAUUGUAGAUAUUCAGGUUCCAAAGACCUCAUUCCAGUCUACUGAAUGAAUCAUGAUCUACUGAGUAGAAUCUAGGGUUUGCUUUCAAAGAUCCUCUUAUAACGUUUGAGGAUCAAUCUCUUACACUGAUCCAUCAGGGGAUCCAGAAGGGUUGUGGUUGGGAAGAAGAAUCUGACAAGUGUCAUUGUGCAGGACGGGAUCUGAAGUCCUGUAUCCAAGGAGGGUAGGUAGGUGAAAAAGUGGUCUGGGGAUGAAUGAGGGCCUGGGAUUUUAAAGGUGUCUGGGGGUGGGGUGAAGAAAACUGGAAGUUGAAGAGAGGUCGAGGGUGAGAGGAGUAGUCUGAGAUCGGAGGAGGAGAAUCUUGGAGUUUAAGGAGAGUUUGGGGGCCCAAAGAGUUUGCGACCAGAAGCAGAAUCUGGGGUCGAAGAAGGGUUUGCAGUCAGUGAAAGGGUCUGUGGUCCCAGGAAAGAGUCUGGGUCUGAGGAGGAUACUAGUUGGAUUCAGCUUGUAAGGAGAAAGGGGUUUGAACCUGGAGUUGCCUGAAGUCCCUGGGCCCACUGUGGUCGCAAUUCCAGCGCGCUCUCCCCCAGUGCUCCACCGCCCUUUUCAUCCACCUGCACCUGCGUCCCCACGGCAGGAUGACAGCUCUAAGCAGGCGGGGGCGAGUCAGACCCGGACACUGCCAAGGGAGGGGGCGCCCCCUCCCGGUUGUCCAGGUCCCAGGCCCCGCCCUCCGCCCUCGCACUCCCCCCAACCCCCGCCGCAGCCACUUCCGGCAGGCGCUGCGCUGCUGGGGGGUGCAAGUGAGGAUGGCGGCAGAGAGCGAGGCCAGCCAGGAGAGCGCCCUGGGCGCCUACUCGCCAGUGGACUACAUGAGCAUCACCAGCUUCCCGCGGCUGCCGGAGGAUGAGCCAGCGCCCGCGGCUCCGCUGAGGGGUCGCAAGGAUGAGGACGCCUUCCUGGGAGACCCCGAUACCGACCCGGAUUCCUUCCUGAAGUCGGCGCGACUGCAGCGGCUGCCCUCGUCGUCGUCGGAGAUGGGCAGCCAGGACGGCUCACCGCUACGAGAGACGCGCAAGGACCCAUUUUCCGCGGCAGCGGCUGAGUGCUCUUGCCGCCAGGAUGGGCUUACGGUCAUCGUCACUGCCUGCCUCACCUUCGCUACCGGCGUUACUGUAGCUCUGGUCAUGCAGAUCUACUUCGGGGACCCCCAGAUCUUUCAGCAGGGUGCUGUGGUGACUGAUGCUGCUCGAUGCACAUCACUGGGCAUGGAGGUGCUCAGUAAACAGGGAUCUUCCGUGGAUGCAGCUGUGGCAGCAGCCUUGUGUUUAGGAAUCGUGGCCCCACAUAGUUCUGGCUUAGGCGGUGGGGGUGUAAUGCUGGUACAUGACAUCCGACGAAAUGAGAGCCAACUAAUUGAUUUCCGGGAGUCUGCACCAGGGGCACUCAGGGAAGAGGCCCUGCAGAGAUCCUGGGAAACCAAGGUGGGGACCCUGCCUGGGCUCUUGGUGGGGGUCCCCGGAAUGGUGAAGGGGCUACAUGAAGCUCAUCAGCUCUAUGGCAGGCUGCCAUGGUCCCAAGUCCUGGCCUUCGCAGCAGCUGUGGCCCAAGAUGGCUUCAACGUGACCCAUGAUCUAGCCCGGGCCUUGGCUGAGCAGCUGCCUCCCAAUGCAUCUGAGCGCUUCCUAGAGACGUUCCUGCCUUUGGGCCACCCACCACUGCCUGGCUCCCUGAUGCGUCGUCCAGAUCUGGCAGAGGUGCUGGAUGCACUUGGCACUUCUGGCCCUGCUGCCUUCUACAAUGGUGGCAACCUCACACUGGAGAUGGUAGCUGAGGUUCAGCAUGCAGGGGGCGUCAUAACUGAAGAGGACUUCAGCAACUACAGUGCCCUUGUGGAGAAGCCUGUAUGUGGGGUGUACAGAGGCCACCUGGUUCUCAGUCCCCCACCCCCGCACACAGGACCUGCCAUCAUCAGUGCUCUGAACAUCCUUGAGGGCUUCAAUCUCACCAGCCUGGUAUCCCGGGAACAGGCUCUUCACUGGGUGGCAGAGACCUUGAAGAUUGCAUUAGCCCUGGCCAGCAGACUGGGAGAUCCCAUCUAUGAUUCUACCAUCACUGAGAGCAUGGACGACAUGCUCAGCAAGGUGGAGGCUGCCUACUUCCGGGGCCACAUCAAUGACUCCCAGGCAGCCCCUGCCCCUCUCCUGCCUGUCUAUGAGCUGGACGGGGCACCUACCACUGCCCAGGUGCUGAUUAUGGGCCCUGAUGACUUCAUCGUGGCCAUGGUCAGCUCCCUGAACCGGCCCUUUGGCAGUGGCCUCAUCACCCCCUCGGGGAUCCUGCUUAACAGUCAGAUGCUGGAUUUCUCCUGGCCCAACAGAACUGCUAACCACUCUGCACCCAACCUGGAGAACUCGGUGCAACCAGGGAAGCGGCCACUCUCUUUCCUGCUGCCCACUGUGGUCCGACCAGCAGAGGGGCUCUGUGGGACCUACCUCGCCCUGGGGGCCAACGGAGCUGCCCGGGGCCUCAGUGGUCUGACCCAGGUGCUGCUGAAUGUCCUGACCUUGAACCGGAACCUGAGUGACAGCCUGGCCCGAGGCCGCCUUCACCCAGACCUGCAGUCCAACCUCCUGCAGGUGGACAGUGAGUUCACAGAGGAAGAGAUAGAGUUCCUGGAAGCCAGGGGUCACCACGUGGAGAAGGUAGAUGUCUUAUCCUGGGUCCAUGGCAGCCGAAGAACCAACAACUUCAUCAUCGGUGUGAAGGACCCUCGGAGCCCAGAUGCAGCUGGAGCCACCAUCCUGUAGAGCAGCGGGGUGGGGCGGGGUCUCUGCUCCCCACCUUUGCAUGUUUCUAGAGUCCCUCCUUCUCGCAGGUUUGGUCUCAGGGGGACCCCAGCGAUGCCCCAGAUUAGGGGCCGAGGGGAUGCUUAGCAAACCUUAUCCCAGAGUAACUGGAAAAUUCUCCAUCAUGAGGCCCGUGGUGGUGGUGGUGGUGGUGGUUUCAGUGUCCACAACUAGGCAGGUGGGACCUUGAGGAGUCUUUCUCCUCUCUUCUCUCAGCCAUACUGGCUCUGAGCUUAGGGAUGUGCUUGCAAACCCUUCUCAAGGGUCUUACAACCCCAACAUCUACAGACUAUCCUGACCUGGGCCUUGUCUUCCAGCUCCCUUAUCUUGUCCCCAGCCUCAUUUCUUAAGCGACUAGGAUUUUUUUUAAUGGACCAUCAUGGGAAGAGGAUAAUCCUCUCCUGCCACCAGAUUGAGGUGGGGACCUUGCAUCUGGGGGUCCCUAGGGU